GCAGCUGUGGCAAAAUUACUUUUAAUGAUGAUUAUAUUUUCUCCUGCUUGAUGGUCUCUGCAAUCUAGGCAUCGUUAAUCCAGGCUGUGAAUUUUACAGCUGGAUAAGAGCUUGAAGGCCUGUUAUUACAUGGAUGUGGUCACUUAUGCUGUCCUCCCUGAGCCGUACUGAAGAGAGGAAGGAAGGCGCCCUCGCUGCAGAAUAUCACACUUUUUGUUUCCUUUUUCUUGCCUUAGAUCAGCUCUUGAAGUGUGAGUGAAGGUUUCUCUUCACGGUGCAUGGACGGAAAGCCAAUGCGCAGGUGCACUAGUACUCGCCCAGGAGAGACCGGAAUGGACGUGACGAGCCGUUGCACCCUUGGAGAUCCCAACAAGCUGCCGGAGGGGGUGCCGCAGCCUGCCCGCAUGCCCUACAUCUCCGACAAGCACCCUCGGCAAACCCUGGAAGUGAUCAAUCUCCUGCGGAAGCACCGGGAGCUCUGCGAUGUGGUGCUCGUAGUCGGCGCCAAGAAGAUCUACGCGCACCGGGUGAUUCUGUCAGCCUGCAGCCCCUACUUCCGAGCCAUGUUCACCGGGGAGCUCGCGGAGAGCCGCCAGACGGAGGUCGUGAUCAGGGACAUCGACGAGAGGGCCAUGGAGCUGCUCAUCGACUUCGCGUACACCUCGCAGAUCACCGUCGAGGAGGGCAAUGUCCAGACCUUGCUCCCAGCUGCCUGCCUUCUGCAGCUGGCUGAGAUCCAGGAGGCCUGCUGCGAGUUCCUUAAAAGACAGCUGGACCCUUCCAAUUGCCUGGGCAUCCGAGCUUUUGCUGACACCCACUCGUGCCGAGAGCUGCUGAGGAUUGCGGACAAGUUCACACAGCAUAACUUCCAGGAGGUAAUGGAGAGCGAGGAAUUCAUGCUGCUGCCUGCCAACCAGCUCAUAGACAUUAUAUCCAGUGACGAGUUAAACGUUCGCAGUGAGGAGCAGGUUUUCAACGCGGUCAUGGCCUGGGUGAAAUACAGCAUUCAGGAGAGAAGACCCCAGCUGCCACAGGUCCUGCAGCACGUCCGCCUGCCGCUGCUGAGUCCCAAAUUCCUUGUGGGUACUGUGGGCUCUGACCCUCUUAUUAAGAGCGAUGAAGAAUGCCGGGACCUAGUGGAUGAAGCUAAAAAUUAUCUGCUGUUGCCCCAAGAGCGGCCACUGAUGCAGGGACCAAGGACAAGACCACGCAAACCCAUCCGCUGCGGAGAGGUGCUCUUUGCAGUGGGGGGCUGGUGUAGCGGGGAUGCAAUCUCCAGUGUGGAGCGCUAUGAUCCUCAAACCAAUGAGUGGCGGAUGGUGGCUUCCAUGAGCAAAAGACGCUGUGGUGUUGGAGUCAGUGUUCUGGAUGACCUCCUCUAUGCCGUGGGAGGCCAUGAUGGUUCCUCUUAUCUUAACAGUGUAGAAAGAUACGAUCCGAAGACCAACCAGUGGAGCAGUGACGUGGCCCCCACCAGCACCUGCAGGACCAGCGUUGGAGUGGCAGUUCUUGGGGGCUAUCUCUAUGCUGUGGGUGGCCAAGAUGGUGUCUCCUGUCUCAACAUUGUGGAAAGGUACGAUCCAAAAGAGAACAAGUGGACUCGUGUGGCUUCCAUGAGCACCAGGCGCCUAGGAGUGGCAGUGGCCGUGUUAGGAGGCUUCCUGUAUGCAGUGGGAGGCUCUGAUGGAACAUCUCCUCUCAACACUGUGGAGCGCUACAACCCUCAGGAGAACCGCUGGCAUACGAUUGCCCCCAUGGGCACGAGGAGGAAGCACCUGGGCUGCGCCGUGUACCAGGACAUGAUCUACGCCGUGGGGGGCCGGGACGACACGACCGAGCUCAGCAGCGCGGAGAGGUACAACCCCCGGACCAACCAGUGGUCUCCCGUUGUGGCCAUGACGUCCCGCCGGAGCGGGGUGGGCCUCGCCGUGGUGAAUGGACAGCUAAUGGCAGUGGGGGGUUUUGAUGGGACAACGUACUUGAAGACCAUUGAGGUGUUUGAUCCAGAUGCCAACACGUGGAGGUUGUACGGAGGCAUGAACUAUCGGCGGCUGGGAGGAGGCGUAGGAGUUAUCAAAAUGACACACUGUGAAUCUCAUAUAUGGUAAGCAGCGAGGGUGGGGGAGACCCGUGGCUCUCCUUCCUAGAAAAACUGAAGAGACUUCUUGACACUGGACCUCUUUGCAGCUCUAGUACGAACGGUCUAGAUCCAAGGUAACUCUUUGCCAGUGACACUUUCUAGCAGAUUGUGAAAACGACUUCUGUGAGCGUGCGCCCAAGGGAAGAUCGCGUUGUCAGACUCCAGGGAACCACGGGACAAAAGUAGGAGUGUUGCUUAUGUCCUUAUUUUUCCUAAAUAGUCUGCAUUUUUGGAUAAACCAAACUGUAAAAGUCGUUAUCGUGCGAACAAUACGAGUGUAGGGACUACAAGCUAUGCCGGGAGUCUGGCAAGAGGAGGGUUUCCCUGAUUUCCCUCCUCCUGUGAGCAGCUGACAUGGGCG